UGAUGAGCCGGUGUAUGAACGCGGCCUAUGAGUGACAGCGUGUUGACGAUGAUGGCGGGUGUAGAAAAUUGGCACAAGAUCUUGAAUGACUAUUCUUAGUUAUUCUACAUACUACUGGCUACUACUUACUCCGAGUCUUUCCAUCAUCGUGACGUGUUUUUGAUAUGAUAUGUGCUCCAAUCGAUUGCAUGUGGCGUAUACGAUCCAAAAACUUGGCAAGGGCGUUUUCGGUUCCCAUGACACACUAGACUGAUACGUAUGAACGCUGCACUGCAUGACCGCCUGCGUCUCCCAACAGCUAGGACACCGCUCACGACAGAGAACUUCGUUUCUGAUGUUAUUCCGCCAGUCCUAUGUUACCUCGUCACAGCUUUUCUUGUCCUGCUGCCCCGAACGCAGCCGGUCCGCAUUGCGCUAUGGCCCAUCACGGCGUUCCUUGCAUUCCGCGCUGCUGGAUCGUUAGAUAUGUCAACGGGGAGACCAAAACUUGCGUUCAUGAACAUCGACCUUCAAUUGUCCAUGUUCAGUAUUGCAGCGCGCACCCUUGAAUGGACGGUACAAACGAAACCUUUUAUUCGUACGGCUCAGCGAUCGGCAACAGAUGUACCAAAGCGAAACUCUAUGCUUGACAUGCUUGAUUUGGCAUGCAACCUUCGAGGCUAUGGCUGGGACUGGUCCAAGGGGCUCUACGUCCCACCCGAGACGCUCCCUACAUCCUCACGACUGGCCUUUGCCACGUCUACCCUCAUCUCUGGUCUACAGCACACAUUUCUUUGUGGCGCGAUUCACUCUGCCGUACAGGCUUUCUCACCACAUACCUUUGGCUCUGUGGAUGGCGGUACCAUCUUCGACGACUCCCUUCCCCCACACCUCCGUUAUCUACGAUCGAGCAUGGUAGCCACGCUAUGUGCGUUCGGCGUCUAUUCAGUACUCCAAGCCGGCUAUGAGCUCACCGCAGGUCUCUGCGUAUUGCUAUUUAGGCAUCAUCCAGACCAAUGGCCCCCCUCAUUCGACUCCCCCUGGGGUUCCACCUCUCUUAGAGAAUUCUGGAGCCGACGCUGGCACCAGUGGUUCCGCCGGUCAUUCAUCUUCCUCGGUGGACGUCCACUUUCCCUGCUCUUCGGGCGCAUUGGGGGCGUUAUAGGCGCCUUCCUCGCCUCCGGGUUCUUUCACCACCUCGCACUACUCGCCAUCGACCCAUCCUCGGAGAUGUGGCGCAUGCUGCUGCCGUUUGGAAUGAUGGGCACUGGGGUGAUUCUCGAGCAUGCUGUUGCGGGGAAUAAGACGGGUGGCUGGAUGGGAUGGAUGUGGACUAUGUGUUGGCUGGUGUUGUGGGGGAACGUGAUGGUGGACGGGUGGGCGAGAGCUGGGAUGCUUGGGGGGUCGAGCUUUUUGGAUAGUGUGACGCCUGUGAGGCAACCGAUUGAACGGCUGGUCAGGACGUUUGAUGAGUAUUUACAUGCACGUUGGUAGAAAAUUGCAGCGGUAGAAGUAUGCGGAUAUUUAUCGAGGUUCUCGGAGGGCUGAACAGCUGAUACUAAAAUACAACUUGAAGCGCAGCUCGUUAUGGGCGUUCCGAGGGGAAUGUCCAUCAAAAUUC